UCGCCUGGCGGCAGUUGGUGGAUCCGCAGCUGAUGGUCGGCGGCUGCGCGUUUCCGGAGCCCCGGCUGGAGCUCUCCUUAGCCUCCGUCCUCCCGACGCUCCCCUCCGGGCCCGGGGCGCCUACCCGAGCGCCGCCUCGGAUCAGGUGUCCGUCGAAGGCGGCACGCCCCACCUUGUCUCCCCGCGGCUCGGCGAGGUCCGGACGGCUGCCGCCUCGUCGCCAUGGCUCCCACCAUCCAGACCCAGGCACAGCGGGAAGAUGGCCACAGGCCCAAUUCCCACCGGACUCUGCCUGAGAGGUGCAUCUAUGUUGGAUCUGGAGUGGUCUGCCGAGUCAAGUACUGCAAUAGCCUCCCCGACAUCCCCUUUGACCCCAAGUUCAUUACCUACCCUUUCGACCAGAACAGGUUCGUUCAGUACAAAGCAACUUCCUUGGAAAAACAGCACAAACAUGACCUCCUGACUGAGCCAGACCUGGGGGUCACCAUCGAUCUCAUCAACCCUGACACCUACCGCAUUGACCCCAAUGUACUCUUAGAUCCAGCUGAUGAGAAGCUUCUGGAAGAGGAGAUUCAGGCCCCCACUAGCUCCAAGAGGUCUCAGCAGCAUGCAAAGGUGGUGCCAUGGAUGCGGAAGACAGAGUAUAUCUCCACCGAGUUCAACCGUUAUGGCGUCUCCAAUGAGAAGCCUGAGGUCAAGAUUGGGGUUUCUGUAAAACAGCAGUUCACUGAGGAAGAAAUUUACAAAGAUAGGGAUAGCCAGAUAACAGCCAUUGAGAAGACUUUUGAGGAUGCCCAGAAGUCGAUCUCCCAGCAUUACAGCAAGCCCCGAGUGACACCGGUGGAGGUCAUGCCCGUCUUCCCAGACUUUAAGAUGUGGAUUAAUCCAUGCGCUCAGGUAAUCUUUGACUCUGACCCAGCCCCCAAGGACACGAGUGGUGCAGCUGCAUUGGAGAUGAUGUCUCAAGCCAUGAUCAGGGGCAUGAUGGAUGAGGAAGGGAACCAGUUUGUGGCCUACUUCCUGCCUGUGGAAGAGACGUUGAAGAAACGAAAGCGGGACCAGGAGGAGGAGAUGGAUUAUGCACCGGAUGAUGUAUAUGACUACAAGAUUGCUCGGGAAUAUAACUGGAAUGUGAAGAACAAAGCUAGCAAGGGUUAUGAGGAAAACUACUUCUUCAUCUUCCGAGAGGGUGAUGGAGUGUACUACAAUGAGUUGGAGACCAGGAGGCACGGAAGGCCCAGCUGGAGAACCAUGAACCUGAGGAAGAGGAGGAAGAGGAAAUGGAGACAGAAGAGAAAGAAGCUGGGGGCUCAGAUGAGGAGCAAGAGAAGGACAGCAGCAGUGAGAAAGAAGGCAGUGAGGAUGAACGCUCAGGCAGUGAGAGUGAGCGGGAAGAGGGUGACAGGGAUGAAGCAAGUGACAAGAGUGGUAGCGGCGAGGAGAGCAGUGAGGAUGAGGCCCGAGCGGCCCGGGACCAGGAGGAGAUCUUCGGCAGUGAUGCGGAUUCAGAGGACGCAGACUCUGAUGACGACGGAGGACGGGCCCGUGGCAGCGACAAUGAUUCAGAGAGUGGCAGCGAUGGAGGUGACCAGCGGAGCCCCAGCCCCAGCCGCAGCCGCAGCCCCAGCGGCAGCGCCAGUCCCUUCCCCAGUGGCAGCGAGCACUCAGCCCAGGAGGAUGGCAGUGAAGCCCCAGCUUCUGAUUCCAGCGAAGCCGACAGUGACAGUGACUGAAUCCUUUCAGGGCUGGCACAGACAUUAUUAUGCACAGGAAGGCACUUUUCUGUGGUGUAUUUGUGAGCCUUUCAAUGUUUCCCUUCCCUCCUCCAAACCUUUGCUGUUAAUAAAACCAGUUUCUCCCCUUCCCAGUCCUUAUGGUCUCCUUCUGCCUACAUCUCCCCCUCCCACUCCGUCACCCUCUCCAUCCCUACCCCAGGUACUCAGUGGCCUCAGCUUAAUGGCACAGAAGCAAAGGUGACAGGUUUUCAAUGAAAUGUAGCAUAACAAAGAAGCCUUUUUUUGUUAUGUUUUUUUUUUUUUCUUUCCAAAAUAAGCCCAGACCAUUAAACAAGUGAAAUUCCAACAAA